UACGUAUUUAAAUAAUCACAAAAGAUGUGUUACGUGUGAAUAGUGAUUAUAAUCGAGAUUUUUAUAUUUAUGUCGAAAAAUGUAUUUAACUUCUUCCCGUUUGACGAGACUAUUUAAAAAGAUGAAUAAGAAAAGAAUGUAAUAAAGUACAGACAUUUAAAACGCAUAAGCAGAGGGAUAUUUCUUUACACGGAUGACAGGAACAGAUGAUAAUCAAUUCAUGUAUGAAUUGAACUGAAUAAGAUGACAUUUCACGGGUUUAUAAAUACAGUUCAUUCAGUUUUAAAGCUGUGAAGACACAUUCAAAUGUAACGAAUAUCAACAUAGAAUGGCAAUACUUUGUCUACAGAAAAGAGGACCGUAUGGAAGAUGGAUUUGUUUGAUAUUGGUGGUUCUAUUCCUAUCACAACUAUUUUUUGCUAUGCGACCAACAGUUUUAAUGUCAUAUCAGACGGCCAUUAUGACAGAUACCCAUAACAGUUUUCUCCAGAGACAAGAUGGUUCCAGGUCGCACCUUUACGACAGAGAGGCAACAGAUCCAGAACUUAUAAACUAUGUUCGUAAAAACUUCAUUGAACAUUCUCAGAAUGAUCCAUACAACUUGACCACUCCAUGGAGAGAACAUCCAACACGGGAACAGAGUAAACAAAUUGAUAAUUUUUUGCACCAAAAGACCAAUGGUACAUUUAUAGAUAUUGGAGCAAAUGACGGGGAACAAGAUUCCGUAACUCUAUUCUUUGAAAGAUGGCGAAACUGGACAGGUUUAUUAGUUGAACCUAAUCCUUCCAAAUAUGACACAAUUAAACAGAAACACAGACGAUCAUUAGCAAUGAAUGCAUGUGUAAAGACAAAUAAAAACGAAUCAGAAAUGUGGUUUUCAAAAAAUAAGAAGAUACCUUGUUUUUGGAUGGACACUAUUUUAUAUGCUUUAAACAAACAUGAAAUAGAUCUUCUGAAUAUUGAUGUAAGCGGCAAGGAGAUGGACAUUUUAAGAUCGGUAACACAUGACAAGUUUUUUAUACGGGUAAUAACUGUUGAGUUUGCCAUAGAUAUAUUGCCUGAAUUGCAGAACAUAUUUGGCUACAUGGAUAAAAGAGGUUAUGUUGCUAUUCAUCAAUAUGUUAAUCAAGGAAUACAAAAAACAGAUGUGAUGUUUGUGAACAAGCGUGCAAUGAAUUCCCCAGCAUAAUUCAAAAUGAUCAAGUGUUGCGAGUUCUAUCGGUUACUUGGAAUUUGUGAAAUGUUUCUUAACCUUUCACUGACAAGCAAGGAUAUAGCAUAUAAACAACGAUAUACAAUCAAUAUAUGAAUAGAUGCAUCUUGUAUGUAAAGUCUGCUUUUGAUCUUGAAUAUAAAUAACAGGAGAUGAAGAUCUAUACUGUUUUAACACUUAUAAGUAAUGUGUUAGUCCAAAUAAUUAUGACAUCGUCAUAGCAUUAGUUUAGAAUAGCCUUUAAAGAUCGUCAUAUUCAUCAUAAUCAUUUGGACAUUUUUUGUGAAAAUAAUUGUGAACUGGUAGAAUCCGUACCAUAUAAUUGUAUGUAUUACAAGAUCGCCUGUGAUAAUAUAUACGUCACUUUUUGUCGCGUUGUUCCAUUCGUGUGACGCGAAGUUUGUGCUGUUGUUAACUAAUGGGAUAUGUCUGUUGUUAUUCUCAGAGAACAUAUUGCAAUGUAAUAUUAUUUUAUUCAUGUAUAUUUCUCUGUGCUGAGUGUUCUUGCAUUUGUUAGUACUGUACUAUCACGUAGUGUUGUCAUUUUAGUGCUGUUGUUUUUAAUAAAUAUUGUCAUAAAAGAGGGAGGUUUGUCUACCCAUAAGACCCGGUUUAACCAACUAUUUUUCUUUUUAAUGUCCUGUUUCAAACAAGGAAUAUUGCACUUGUUAUUAAAUAGUCCUUUUGUAUGUAUGUUGAUGUUUGUUUUUGCAAUUCAGUGUUUCUGUUGUUUCGUUGUUUUCCAAUUUUUAGUUGAUAUGUUUCCCUCGGUUUUAGUUUGUAACCCGGAUUAGUUUUUCUAAAUCGAUUUAUGACUUAUGAACAACCGUAAACUCCAUAUGAUGAAGAUAAGUCAUGUAUUUACCAAAAUGUUUUAACGUCAUACGAUGGGUAAAGGGUGUGUUUCUUUUGAGAUAUGGCGACGCCUUAUGAUGUUUUUUAUACGAAUUGAAAGUUACACUGAAUUUAUUUCGUUUGUUAUUGUAGUUUCUUGUUUGAAGUCUUUCAAAUGUGUUAAUUCUAAGAUAAAGAUAUAGGUAAAAAGCAGUUAUCAUAACUUCGCUAGUAUAUUAAAUGAUGUCGAAUUCUA